AUGCCUGGAGUUACUGUAAAAGACGUUAACCAGCAGGAGUUCUUCAGAGCUCUGGCAGUCUUCCUCAUAAGGUCCGGGAAGCUGAAAGUCCCUGAAUGGGUAGACACAGUCAAGCUGGCCAAACAUAAAGAGCUUGCCCUCUAUGAUGAGAACUGGUUCUACACACGAGCUGCUUUUACAGCACGGCACCUGUACCCGUGUGGUGGUGCCAGGGUUGGCUCCGUGACCAAGAUCUAUGGAGGACGGGAGAGAAACGGUGUCAGGCCCAGCCACUUCAGCAGAGGCUCCAAGAGUGUGGCCCGCUGCGUUCUCCAAGCCCUGAAGGGACUGAAAAUGGUGAAAAAGGACCAAGCUAACACCUCAGGAACAGAGAGAUCUGGACAGGAUUGCCAGGCAGGUGGCAGCUGA